GUUCGAGACCCUGUUGCAUGCUAUCGAAACUGCUGUGACCUGCAUACUCCAGUAUAUCAACUUCUGCGGCAUACUUAAUUCCCUUUCGAUUCUUUGUUGAAACAAUCGGUAUCGCAUAGGGUACAGGAACAAGUGUUAUUGGCGCAGCAUGACAGGAACCCGGGCGUUGGUCAUCUCGAUGACUUUCUCCUCUGUCGCUUUUCUUUCCGUCUCUCUCCGGUGCUUCAGCCGCAUCCAUUUCGUUGGUCGCCUCUUUACCGAAGACAUCCUGAUCUUGAUUGCUCUGAUUUGCUCUUUCGGCGUCGCAGGCACCAUCGAAGCUGAACGACAAUAUGGACUUGGAAAAGACUUUCGUACUCUGUCACCCGAUCAGACCGUACCGUUGUUCAAGGCAUUCUGGGUCAGUAUUCUUGUCUACAAUCUGGGUCUCACUUUCGUCAAAUGCUCAAUUUGUUGCCAAUAUCUGAGGUUUUUCAACGAGAGAAAGUACAGGGUGGCGGUACAAUGCAUACUGGGCUUUCUGAUCGUCUACGGAAUUGCCACCGUAUUCGUGAUAGUAUUUACCUGUACACCAGUUCAGUAUUUCUGGGACAAAAGCAUCCCUGGGGGCAAGUGCGUCAAUUAUGUGGCUUGGUGGUUCUUCAAUGCCAGCGUUUGUAUCCUGACGGAUUUUGUGCUUUGCGUUUUGCCAAUACCGAUGUUAAAGACGCUCAAUUUACCACGACGGCAAAAAUAUGGCUUGAUUGGUGUCUUCGCCAUUGGAGGCUUUGCAUGUGUUGUGGCUAUCCUCCGUCUACACGCGAUUUCCGAGUACAGCAGCUCAUCAAAUCAUUCAAAGUACAAUGUCGACGCAGCAUCUUGGUCCGCAAUAGAAGUCAACACUGGCAUCAGUUGUGCCUGUAUGCCAACGAUCCGUCCUCUUGUGGCAAUGAUAUAUAGAAAGUUAUUUGAGGCUUCCAAGCGCAGCUUUUCGGAGCCCCCGGUUUUCAAAGAAUCCAGCAGCAAAUAUGCUCCUUCAAGCUCCCUGCCGCCUACGACGCCAUUGGAAGAUGUGUCUUUCUGUACCGUUCCUGAAGGCGUCAAGGAGUAUUUUGAGGAAUCAGGCGCCAAUUCUACAAUCGAGAUUUCAAGAGGGGCCUUUCGAGCGAGCGGACAGAAAGUUUAGCUUGAAGAUGGCAGGCAUCGAAUUCAGAAGAGCUCAUGUAUGCCAAUAUUUGAUGAUUAAUGAGGU